CUGUCGACAUCCAUCAUGUCGUCAAGCAAUGAAAAUCGCCCGGCCGAGCGACUAGACGACAGCGCGGACUUGCCCCCGCGCAAGCGCAGACGCCCUGCCACGUCGUGCGAGGCAUGUCGAACGCGCAAGGUCCGCUGCGACCAGGGCCUCCCUUGCGGGCCGUGUAAACGGUCGAGGCGUAAAGCCGACUGCGUUUACCGAUCGGAGAGGAACCAAGACGGCCUUGAUGCGAGACCUUCCACCAGCGUGGGAAGCGAGGUUGACGGACAGAAGACCCGAGCACGCGCUAGCACCGGCUUUCCCAUGGAGAGUGAGGGCGAGUAUAGCCUCGCCGCGCGAGUCGAGCGGCUCGAGCGCUUGUUGGACCGGCAACAGAGCACUCACCAGCACGCCCCGAUAGAGCCCAACCCUGCGCCGCCCCCCCGACUGCUGCUGAGGAAUACCGCAGAAAAGACUCGCCUCUUUGGGCGCGGUCACUGGAUGUACGUCGCCCAGGCACUGCCCACCCACGGGACCUUUGACAAUCAUGGUGCCGACUUUGAGCUUCGAGAUGACGGUGCUGCCGUGUCAGACGUCAUGGAAUUGUUCGUCAAGUUGAGAGCAAUGCGAACGGCGGUCAAGGCACGAGGUACCCGAUUUGGAACUUGCACGGGCGACGUGCGAUCAGACUUUCUGGGAACUCUCCCGUCCUGGCGUGUGAUGGAGAGCCUUGUCCAUUGUUGCUACGAUUUCUUCGUCCCGCUCUACGAAGCUGUGGGAGAGGACGACGAUGCCGUUUGGGCUUAUGCCUUUGAUAUGUACAAGAAGUGUGGGAGGUCUUGGAUGGCUGCUGCGAAAGAGAAGUGGCCAGACUCGUUCCUGAUGAAACUUGGGCUGAGGAUGGCUCUUGGUGGCACCGUCACCGAGAAGGUUUUCGACGGCUUCGACGUGCAUGAAGCCUCUCAGUAUUGGAUCAUUCUCGCCCAAAGUUGGCUUACUGGACAGCGAGAGAAAGACACCAUGAACCUGGAAGGCCUGGAAAUUUUUGCCUUGCUGCUCCUAGCCAAACAGGCCACGCGCCACGCGACCGGACCGACCUGGAUAUCCGCCGGCUCGCUCAUGUCUGCCGCCAUGUCCAUGGGCCUGCAUCACGACCCUGCCAAGUUGGCGGGGAUUUCGCCCCAGGACGCCGAGACGCGCAAGAGGUUGUGGGCGGCGACGCUCGAGCUGACCAUUCAAUCCCACCUCGACGCCGCGACGCCGGUCUUGAUAUCAGCAGACGACUUUGACACACCAGAACCGCUGCCUCCCCGGCAGGCGAGGGGAGAAGGAGACUUGCAGGGGAAGCUCUGCAAAUCGUUGCCGCUCCGCCUCCGGGUGGCGCGGUUGGUGAACGGCAUCAAAGGCCCGAGCUACGACGAAGCGAUACUACUCGCAAAAGAGCUACGGAACGAGUCUCGCGGCGUUGUAGCAUAUGCAGAAAGGCUGAGCAUGCCAUCGUCGGCCAACGUAUUGGACGAUGGUCUCCCGGGUUUCGUGGACAUACUCUUCCACAGAUACAUCAUGAUGCUCCUGCAGCCGUGGAUGAUCAAGUCCCGGACCGACUCACGAUAUCACCUGGCGCGUAGAAUGUGCACCGAGUCAGCACUCGCAAUUGCCUCGUACGCCUCCGACAGCCGCGGCUCGAGCACGUUGAAGCGUCUCGCAAGGGUGGGACGAGGCUUCUGGAGGGGCCCAUUCGCGCUGCCGGUUGUGCUCGUGCUCUGCCUGGAGGUGUUUCUGCUGCUGGAAGAGGACGGCCCGACGAGCCGGGGCGUUGUCGUCGGCGGUCGCUUGGAAGAGCUGCGGGCGGCGUCGAGGACGCGGGUGGUCGCGGCGCUCGAGACCAUCAAGGAGGGAACGCGCGGGUUCAUUCGCGACGGGAGCGUCAGCCUCAAGAGCUUCAACUUCCUGGCGGCGUUUCUUGCCCAGAUCCGCGCCAUUGAAGAGGGACGAGACGCGAAGAGAGCCGUCAUCGAGGCACUCAGCGAGAGCCUGGAGGAAUGCGCGCAGCUUGUCCGGGAGACGUAUCCCUGGCUCUCGGGCAGCAUGGACGAGAUGGUAGCCGCGAAUGACAGCAGCCAGAACGAAGAAGGGCGUCUGGACUUGAGCCCGAUGCCUCUGGUGAGUUUCUCUCUUUUUUUCUCUCCUUUUUUUGGUGCCCGUCAUUAGUGAGCGAGCCAUUCCCGCUGCCUCGGAUUGUAGGGGCAGCGAUCGUUGACAAGCAAACGAGCCGCAGGACGAGUUCAUGAACUGGGAUAUCGCCAGCAUCCUCAACAUGACGAGUUUCGAGUGAAAAAGGACUGCUGCGGUGGGUACGUUGCAGCUGCUGGCGGCGACGGCGACGGCGACGGCGACGACGACAGUUUGCCAGCAGAUGAAGGCCAAAUCCUUACGACGAGAUGACCGACGCCGACACAGGCUCCGUGGCCCCCCAACCCAGUCUUGCUUUUUCGACGAUGGGGAUCUCGCAUCGGACGAUACGCUUUUGCACUGCCCAUGAUAGCUUUGAUGGUCUUGGGAAGAGGUGUGGCGAUGCGAGUGGCAGGGAAGGUGUCGUGGGAUAGGUAGAUUAGUACUAGUAAUCGGCCUGCGCAAUUUGUUGCGCGGCCCUCGUGUCAUUAAUGAGUCCACAAAAGCCACCCUCUGGACCCAAGUUGCCGCAGCUUGCGGGAAGGCGUCACCGAGAGUCGCAUCUUGCGACCUCAUUCGGCACGUCCCACCAGAGAGCCAGGGCAUUCUCCGAGGGGGCGGUACUACUGCAC